AUGACCUCGUCCCACUGGUCUCCCGCGGCCCCGGGAGCGCUCCACGUCCCCUUUGAGAACUCUUGGCCGAGGAGCAGUGCUGUCCUUCCGGUUCCCGGCGACCCCGCGGGUCACCGCAGGGUGGCAUCUGAGGAGCCAGGCGUCACGUCGGUAGGGAGGCGAGCCUGGCGGGGCCUGGGUGCCUCAUGGGCCCACCCUGGGGACUGGGGACCCUUGAGUGGCGGGCGCACGCCGCGGGCCACGCUUGAACGGGUGUGUUUGGGUGUUAGGCCGGGCCUUAUGCUUUUUCUCGACGGAACCGCAUGGGCCCCGGCAGAAGCUUUGGCUGAGCCCCGUGACGCAAACCAGACGAGCCUGAGGCAGCGCAGGCUUUUAUUGCCUCGCCUGGGCCACUCGGCUGGCUUCCCCGAAGGCCUUUGCUGGCCAGUGGGGGACGACGGCGGGGACCAGAGGCCCUCGUCUCCUCUUAAAAACGUGGCCCUCCCCAGUCCAGGGGUAUUGCAGGCAACAGGGAUCUUUCACAAUAGGCAACCACAUCUUGCCCCUGUAUCACCUCUUCCUGAAUACAGAGGGAAAGUUCAUCAUGGGCUGAUCCCUAAAGAAUUCUUUCAGUUCCUUUUUACUGAAACCAGUAUAACAGGACCCUGUGUGCUCAGAACUGGGUUUAUCUGAUAUUUUCUAUCCAAAGAAAUAUAUGUGAUUACUCCAGAGACUAUCUCUGCCAUAUCAACAAUAGGGUUGAUUAUCUGUAUAAUUAAAAAUUAUGGUGCCUCUGUUGGGGAAUUUGCUGAUAAACUCAGUGAACAAAAAAUUGCCCGACUAGAAGAGGCAAAAUGGGCUCCCAUCAAAAACAUCCAGGAUGCAAUUGAUCUGGAGAAGUCACAGAAGGAACUGGCUCAAAAGUGCUAUUACUUUUUUGAUGUCCAGAGGAAUAACAUUGCUAUGGCCUGGAAGGUUACAUACAAGGAAUGGCUGUCUAGAGUAUGCAAGAAGGUAAAGAAUGACCUGAACUAUCAUAUCUCAGUGCAGAUCAUGAUAUGUCAAAAGGAACGAGAGCACACAAAAAAAUGGGUAGAGAAGCACAUGAUGCAGGGCAUCUCUGCACAGCAGGAGAAGGAGACACUUGCCAAGUGCAUUGCAGAUCUAAAGCUGCAAAGAAGGCUCAAGCACAGCCAGCUCUGUGAAUGCAUCUAUCAUGAUCAAGACAGCUAGAAACAGUUGACUAAAUGGAAACCAGGCUGUGUGACCAAACCUUUCUGUACCGUCAUCCACUGGAGUUACAGUUUACCCCACUUAAAAAUGAAAAGUGUGAGUUUCAUCUAGUGAGAGAAUUAAAGCAAUCUAAUGGUCACUGAGAUGUUUCUUGUCCUUCUUGCUCUGCAUUUUGAGUUGUUCUGUGACCACUUUUGAAUAAGCAGUUUGCUUUUAGUAAAAUUUGGUACCUGACUAAAGACUACCAGGUUACAGUUUAAAUUUGUAAUGCAUUCUGCCAUCUUGCAAUAAAGUGACAGUUGAAACAAGCAUUAAAAAGUAUUUCCUAUUUAUUGGAAAACUGG